UCAAUGCGUGGCAACGCUUUAUUGUGUAUUCGCCUUCUCCAAAAAUGACAAUUAGGCUUAUUGGAUUAAAAGUUACAUCAAAAUAAUUUAAUGAAUUGGAAAGGUUGCAGCAGCUUAUUAAUAAUUAUUUCUGUUUAAAACAGAGGUUUUGGGUUUAAAGUGUGCAACAACUCAUUGGCUGCAAUGGACGUUGCUUCGGGAAAUUCAAUACAGGCAGAUGAGCCAAUAUAUACACUCCUUGUAACAGCCAACGUAGGAAGUUUAUUUGAAGAUCCUUUAAGAUUGUUACGACCAUGGUUGGAAGCGUUCUUUUUGAAAGUGGGUGAAGUUAAACCACAAUUUUUGGCACUACAUCUACAGGAACUAGGAGGGAAAACUUACGAAAAAUCCACUCAACAUGUCAAAGAAUUUGUAAAACAAUUAUGUGACGCCGCUAUAAUGCAGAACUUUGACGUCGUCCGCAUAUUUUUGGAUGAAGACUUCAAUACAGCUGAACAUUUUACGGCACUUGGAAAUAUUUACUUUAUUCACAAACACAUUGAAAAUGUUAGACUUUGGAAUUUUUUUACGCGUUCCUGGGAAACAGCUGAAGGGAAAACCAUUUACUCAGGCAACAUAGAAACUGUUUCAAACAAAGAAAAGUCAAAAUUUCCAAAACAUUUUUUUCCCGAGUGCAAAUGGUCUAGAAAAGGUUACAUGCGAACUCGUUGGAAUAUUAAUAAUACUGUCUUUGAUCUAGUCAACAUACAUCUUUUUCACGACGCUUCCAAUUUAGCUGCCUGCGAAGAAUUUCCGUCCGUAUACUGCAGAACAAGGAGGAGAGCAUUAGUUCACACAAUUGAAAGAUUUCAACAAGACGAAUCCAAUGGAUUAGUUCCAUUCUUUGUAUUUGGCGAUUUUAAUUUUAGAUGUGAUAUUUCUGGGGUUAUUAAGGAAUUGACUCAAAAUCUUACCGCCCACCGUAUACAGAGUACUAAGAAUGACAACACAAAAAUAUACUUUCGAGAUUCUGAGGAAACCAACAUAUUGACCAUUGGCAAAAAGGAAUUUAAUCAUAUUGACCACCAAUUAAAAUUUAAAGAAUCAUGGUUACGAAAAUUUGAUCGCGAGUUGGAACCUUUACGAGAUUUUCUGUACGAAUUCACGAUUGACUUUCCACCUUCAUAUCCAUACAUGGAGGAUCCCGAAAUGCCCACAGACUUUAUGUUUACCCGUUGUCCCUCAUGGUGCGACCGAAUACUGAUGAACCCCGAAGCUAGACGAAUUAUAGAUGACGUGCUUUCGCCAAAUAAGUAUAAUAUAAUUGGAGAAAAUAUUUGUAUGGGUGAUCACAAGCCUGUUUAUUUACAUAUCUGCAUCAAGCCAAAGCAAGGUAUAUAUAGUUAUUAUAAACCUCUUUAUUUUAAACCAAAUUUUAAACAUCAUAUCCCAGCUGCCACUAUCAAUAACUCCGCCCGUUUGAAUCAAAGUGAUGAAACUCCUAAUAGUAAACUUAUUAAAGAAUCAAAUGCCAAUAUUGAACGAGCAUGUAUCCUAUCCGAAGAUUUAAUAGAAGACGUUAAAAAAUGUAAUGUAAAUAAAGAAAAUCCCUCCUCGAAGCAUUUAACAGUUACGAUUACCAAUGCUUCUAGUGCAGGUAACAUGAAAUCUCAUAGCGACGAAUUUAUAAAUACAAAAGAUUUGUUUACGAAGACGCCCGUUAGUAUUAACAUAUUUGAUACGAACAAUAUAUCGGUGUGUGAAUGUUUUCAAAUAUCAUCAGAUGAAAAUAAUGAUGAAUUACCUGAUACCGCCGCAAUAUGUACACUUUGUAAAAAUACCAUUAAAAAACAGUCAAUCGAUUCCAGAUAUCGCUUAGUUUCUGAAAGUUUAGUGCUUUCAAAUAAUGUAAUUUUAAACCGUAUUGAUACGCAGCACUUAAGUACCAAUAUCGAAAACUGUUCACAAUUUCCGGAUCCAUAUACCCCAGAAAGUACUGAAUCGCAUUCACCAUGUCCAGAAUAUAAUAGCUGUACAUCAACUUUUAUCGAUGUCUGUGCUUUAGAUACGAGCUGCAGAGUUUUGUCAUCUGAACAACAGGCAACAGUUUGUGCAAUGAAAUACACGAAAAGAAAUGAGCUGGAAAAGAACGGAUCACGCCAAAAGACCGUAUCGCCUCAGCAACUCAAAACACGUCUGGAGGAUUUGCAAAUAUCAUCAACUUGUGAACAAUACAGCGAUGGUGGCAAUGCUGGUGAUGUUGAUGGAAGUUGCAGAUCGAACACCGGUUCGGAUUGUUAUGCUGCUCAAGCUUCGUCUGAAGAACUCCAAAAAAUCUUAAAUGAUUCUAUCAGCGAUGACGACGUCUGGGUCGAGCAGAGUCAACUAAAUGUCAAUGCAAUAUCAAAUAUGUCUUGUAAAUCACGGUAUAUGAAAGUUCAUUCUUUGUCAAACAAAGGUGACAAUAGCGAGGACGGCGCUGUAUCUCCCACAGAUGAAGAAAAUGAAGAACUUGAAACAAUUUUCAGUAAACUAAACCCCAUAUCUAUAGUAAAAGAAACUACAGUUUAGAUACGAUCCCAGAACGGUAGAGCAUAUAGUGCGGAAUUACCAGAAUUCACUCAGUCAAGGACUGUCCCUUAGUCCAUUCUGUGGUUACAGUUGGACUGCCGCAACAACAAAACAGUCAAAAAUCAUAUGAACGUAAAGUUUUUGUUUAUUUUAAUUAUGAUAUCAAUGUUACAGUGUUAAACCUAAUAAAAUUAUAUAUAUAUAUAUAUAUAUAUAUAUAUAUAUAUAUAUAUAUAUAUAUAUAUAUAUAUAUUAACUGGAACCAUGGCUCAAUAAGAAAGGUGACUCAAUUACAAAGAAACUAGAAAAAUGCAUCUCUGGCUGGUGUCUUAUAGUAGGUGUGUCUGGUUACUUUUCCUGCAGGAAUUGUCCAGUAACUUCUUUCUGAGACAGUAAGGUAGUUUUAUUCUCUUUUGCAAGGAAAAUGCGAAAAGUAAACAGACGGUAUUCCUGCAGAAGCUUGCAACUAAUCAGCUGAUUUGUCAAAACAAACCAAUUUGUCCCCCAUAAGGAGAAUUAAAACAAAGGAACCAACACUAAUUUUACAAGUUUUUUAAAUAAAAAUGUUGAAAAUAGUCUUUUAUUUUCUUAUUACAUAUUAAUAUUUACGUUUUUCACAUUUUAUAAAGUUGUUCUCCAAAAACUAUUAGUCUUGCUAAUUCCAAAAAAAUAUUUUCAAAUUGAAAGCACAAAAAUAAAUAAACAGACAAUAGAAAACAUCUGAUUGAAUGUCGAUGAAUGAGAAGAAGAAGAGUUGCAAGCGAUUGCAAGAAGAAAUUUUUCCAGCAAGAAUUUGCAAAUUCUCACUGAAAGAACUGUCAAAAUUUCUCUCUCCGACCGCUCUCUUUUGCAGAACUUUUGGGUAAACAGAUGACUUCCAGUAACAAUUUGUAACAAUUGUUAUAAACUUUAGGGUAACCAGACGCCCCUAGUGUCAAAUAGACAGUGGGUUUUGUUUAUUCUUCAUUUUUCAACAAAUUCUUACAAUCUGAGAUAAAUUAAUAGCGGUUUUUACGUAGAUAUACAACACUUUACAAUACCACAUUCUCAAGGUUUAAUUUACCAUAAGGUUGUUAAUUUAAGAAAAUUAAAACAACAAUUUGAAACAAACUUAGUAUAUAUAAAAUUUUGUAUAUUUAUAACUGUUGGAAUUCUGCGUUUUUUUAACAAUUGCCCUUUUGAGUUUGGUGCCUGUGGAAAUGUCUUCAAUUAACUGGCUAGCUCUUAUACCAAGUAAAACAUGACACACGAUCUAUGACUGCUUCUUUAAUGACCAAAAUAUUUCAACGUAUAAUAAUUGCAUUGCUAUAUUUCUUAUAUUUAUCAACAAUAACCAUUCGUGAAUGCCCCUUAUAUUAGGUGUGUCUGGUUACUUUUCCUGCAGGAAUUGUCCAGCAACAUCUUUCUGAGAGAGUAAGGUAGUUUUAUUCUCUUUUGCAAGGAAAAUGCGAAAAGUAAACAGACGGCAUUCCUGCAGAAGCUUGCAGCUAAUCAGCUGAUUUGCCAAAACAAACCAAUUUGUCCCCCAUUAAAAAAAUUAAAAGAAAGGGAGCACUACCAAUUCUACAAGUUUUAUAAAUAAAAAGCAAUUUGCCAAUAAAAUAAAAAUAUUAGCACUAAAAGGAAGAUAGAUUUGAUGCGUUCCGCGGAAUCCUUAAAACCUGUUGCAGAAACAUCUAGAAAAGAAGCCAGUUCCUAUAUCAAGAACCUUCUGAAUCAAGUUAUUAACUAUCAUAAGCGCAAGGCGGGCACAGUAUGGAUCUAGCCACAGUAAUGGAUCAACAACAAGCAGGAAUUGCCAAGUUGAGAAAGGCAAUUGCGAACGUAAAAAGGCUAAAGGAGAUGGAAGAACUCUGGGCAGAGAUCGAUCGCAAUGAAAACAAAAUUCGUGCAGAUCCUUCGGCAGUCACAUCUCCAUAUCACCAACAACGAAUUCCAAGUCAUUGGUGAAGAGUAUAGGACUGCAAUCGACAACAUCUAGGCAGACAUCAAAAGGGGCAAGGAACGAACGCCUCAGUAACCUCUUCUGGCAACAAGGGUGGGUUUACAAAAACAAUCUAGCCAGUUUACUACAAUCAGCAGUGUGGCUGCAUCAGAGAGACUUCAGAGGACUCUAAUGCAGUCCAUUCAAACUUUAAUAAGGGGCAGUUCAGCCCAAGCUGCUCCCUGACAGACAGUAGCUGCAACUGAAAAACUGUGGAUACACGUGGAAGAUAUCCACUUCAAAAUGUUCCAGGACUUUGAUGACCCAACGUUGGGGUACGAUGCAUCAGCAUACGUUCUUUCAGAGGAAGAGACGUUAAGGCUCAAAGAAAAUAUAUCACGUUAACACAGGUCGAUCAUUCGUCGUCUCAGCAGAGAUCAGGCUGGAACUUGGCAAAUCAAGUUAAUCUGCCAAAAGCUACAACCCCUCAAUUUAAUGGCCAAACUGAUCGAGGCCACUUACGACAUUGUCUGGAAGACACUCCAAGACAGGUACAACAACAAGAGAGCUCAAGUGUCAACUAUACUUGAGAGAAUGCUAAACAUGCCCAACAUAUCUGGCGAUAGCAGAUCAGCGAAAGACUUUCAUGACAGUCUUCGUGAAUCGUUAUUGGCAUUGGAGGAUCUUGGAGUAAAGCCAAAUGGAAUCCACUCUUAAUCCACAUCCUAACAAAGAGAAUAGUCAAGACUACUCAUGUGUUGUAUGAGCAGUCAAUUGUGAAUUCCAAAGAGUUCCAAACGAUGGAGUAUUUCAUGAAAUGUUUGAGGAAUCGCUUCGAAUCGUUAGAGCAAACCGUCUGCGAUGGCUGCUUCCACCACGAUCCGCAGAUGUCACAUGUGCAAAGGUGACCAGCUCCUAUAUUACUGUAAAAAGUUCUUGGUGGUGCCCGAAAGACAGAAAUAGGUUGCUAGACACAAGAUGUGUAAAUAUUUGACCAUCAGGCAAAAACGUCUACAAGUGGGGAGUGCAGCAAAUGUCAACAAAAACAGAAUACACUUUUGCAUUUUUCCACGAGGCAAAAGGAGAGAACAAGUCAGCCGAUUUGUCAGUUCAGCAGCCGCCAACAGUAGCAUCGGCGAAUAGAUCCCAAUCAUAUGUACUCCUUGCAACCGCACGGGUUGCGAUCAAGGUAAAUAAUGUAAGAAGCUAUGAGUUCAAGGCGAUUCCGGAUUCCGGUUCACAGAUUUAUCAGGUGUCAGAGGUUGGGUAUCGAACCCAUUCAAGCAUCUCUCUGUAUCGAAGGUGUAGGCGGAAGAUCGAGAACCGCAAACCACAGGUUCAACGCGGAGCUUCAGUCACUGCCCAGCAAAUUUAGAACACGCCUAGAAGCCUUUGUGUUACCAAAUAUAGUGCCAUCCCAACCAAGCACUGACAUCGACAUCACAUCAUGGCCUAUUCCCGAAAACAUAAAACUGGUAGAUCCCUAUUUUUAUAAAUUGUAAGCAUACCAAGAUUAUACAAUUCAAGUGUUGUGUAUAUCUACUUUUAUUUAUAUUAAUAAACAUUUUUGGUGACCCCGAAGUGAUCCUCUUUAUUUUAAACCAAAUUUUAAACAUCAUAUCCCAGCUGCCACUAUCAAUAACUCCGCCCGUUUGAAUCAAAGUGAUGAAACUCCUAAUAGUAAACUUAUUAAAGAAUCAAAUGCCAAUAUUGAACGAGCAUGUAUCCUAUCCGAAGAUUUAAUAGAAGACGUUAAAAAAUGUAAUGUAAAUAAAGAAAAUCCCUCCUCAAAGCAUUUAACAGUUACGAUUACCAAUGCUUCUAGUGCAGGUAACAUGAAAUCUCAUAGCGACGAAUUUAUAAAUACAAAAGAUUUGUUUACGAAGACGCCCGUUAGUAUUAACAUAUUUGAUACGAACAAUAUAUCGGUGUGUGAAUGUUUUCAAAUAUCAUCAGAUGAAAAUAAUGAUGAAUUACCUGAUACCGCCGCAAUAUGUACACUUUGUAAAAAUACCAUUAAAAAACAGUCAAUCGAUUCCAGAUAUCGCUUAGUUUCUGAAAGUUUAGUGCUUUCAAAUAAUGCAAUUUUAAACCGUAUUGAUACGCAGCACUUAAGUACCAAUAUCGAAAACUGUUCACAAUUUCCGGAUCCAUAUACCCCAGAAAGUACUGAAUCGCAUUCACCAUGUCCAGAAUAUAAUAGCUGUACAUCAACUUUUAUCGAUGUCUGUGCUUUAGAUACGAGCUGCAGAGUUUUGUCAUCUGAACAACAGGCAACAGUUUGUGCAAUGAAAUACACGAAAAGAAAUGAGCUGGAAAAGAACGGAUCACGCCAAAAGACCGUAUCGCCUCAGCAACUCAAAACACGUCUGGAGGAUUUGCAAAUAUCAUCAACUUGUGAACAAUACAGCGAUGGUGGCAAUGCUGGUGAUGUUGAUGGAAGUUGCAGAUCGAACACCGGUACCGUCGAUUUCCCAAACACAUCCUUGCACAGAUGUUGCAAUAUUCACUAAAAUAAACUCAUACAUAUCACGCCUCUACGCUUUAUUUUUAUGUUACUCUAUACUUUUAGGUUAAUUCUAAUUAGCAAC